UUUUUUUUUGGUAUGGUUUGGGUUAGGAAAAUGUUUCCGUUGAGCUUAAAUUAUGAGGUUACUUAAAUUACCGUUAGUCAUCUAGUGGAUUCAAUUAUCGGCUCGGUCAAAGUAUGUGAUCAGGGUUAACUGACGGUGAAGUAACAUCUCUUUAAGUUUUCUCCUACUUUAUUGAAUUUUUAUAAGCUUUAUUGAAUCUCAUUUGGAUCUCCACUCGCUAAGUCAAACUAUUUUGUCUCAUUGUGUUCUCUUCACUCAUUUCAAACAGGUUUAACUAGCGGUACCAUUUUUAAUUAAACAAUUAAUACAUUACUGCCUAAUAUUUGUUGAAACGUAGUUCUUGGCGUCAUUUAGUGUUUUGGUACCGCGUAUCAUUUCCGUAAGCUUUUAUACUGAUAAUUUGUUGAUAGCAUCCAUCUUUGAAUCAUUGGCUAGAAUGUAUAGUAUAUGUGCGCCGAAAUACCAUGUUUUAGUUUAAUUUUUGAAUUUAUUUAACUUCAUAGAACUAAUAUAUAUCUAGAUCCGUAAAUUUGUUGCAGGCUAGAGCUGAGCCAUAUAGGCUGUAAGUGGCUGUUGCUGAAAUCAAGUCAUCUUUUAAACAAACACAAUGUCAGGCUACUAUUCAGUAGCGGAAACGCGCAGGAUAGAAGCCGGAGGAAGCGCUGUGAUGGCUUAUGAACCCCCUAAUAAAAGAGCCAGAGGCCCAAAUACGGAAUUGGGUCUUAUUGGCGGAUCUGUCAACAGAGCAAUGCAAAUUUCUAAAGGUGCGCGAACAUCGAGUCUAUCUGCGCCAAUCAUGCUUCUAACAGGCCAUGAAAAAGAGCUGUUUUCUGGGAGAUUCCAUCCAGAUGGCAGUUUUUUAGCGAGCUCCGGCUUCGAUCGGAUGAUAUUCUUCUGGAACACUUUCGGCGAGUGUGAGAAUUUUCAUGUAAUGACCGGUCAUACAGGGGCUAUACUCGAUAUGCACUUCUCUACAGGCGGUGAAUUUUUGUACACGUGCUCGACGGAUAAAACCUUGUCUAUCUGGGACACGCAAGUGGGCGUUCGUGUCCGCAAAUUACGUGGUCACACGUCAUACGUGAAUGCACUACAUCCGGCACGCCGGGGGCCUCAACUUGUGGUAUCGGCGGGAGAUGAUUCAACAGUUCGCCUUUGGGAUGCCCGCAGGAAAACACCUGUGAAAACCCUUCAAGACCACUAUCAGCUGACAGCGAUUAGUUUUAAUGACACAGCCGACCAGGUGAUAACUGGCGGCAUAGAUAAUGUGCUUAAGCUUUGGGACCUUAGAAAAGACCAGGUGGUGUUCCGAAUGCACGGGCAUCAAGAUACGGUAACCGGUCUAGCUCUUAGUCAUCAUGGGGGUUUGGUACUAUCGAACUCAAUGGAUGGAACGUUACGGGUUUGGGACGUGCGACCAUAUGCACCUCCUGAGCGAUGUGUUGCGUUGUAUCAGGGUCAUCAGCAUAACUUCGAGAAGAAUCUUCUGCGUUGCUCAUGGUCCCCUGAUGACGCGCGUAUUUCUUGUGGUUCAGCAGACAAAUGCGUUUAUGUGUGGGACUUUCAUUCGCGACGAAUUCUUUAUAAAUUGCCUGGUCACCUUGGCUCAGUAAAUGAUGUACGCUUCCACCCCAAAGAACCAAUAAUGCUGUCGGUUGGUAGCGAUAAGCAGAUUUUCUUGGGGGAAAUUGAACCCUAAGCAAUGUUGUGUGGCGUCUGUAUGCGCAAAAGUUUUCAAGCUUUGAUAAAUAGUAUCAUAGCUGAACAUUGUUGGCUACUUACCAGAUCGAUCAUUGGAUAAUGUAUCGGUUUUUCAACCUACGAUGAGUCAGCAAACCUUCCAGAACAAUGAAACACAAAUGAGUUUUUUAUAUCAUUAUGUAUUGUGAACAUUGAAAGAGCGAUAAGUAGAAGAAAUUGGACUGCCGCGCAUUCAGACAACUCUGUAAACAAGACCACAUUAUUAUCAUAACUAAUUUUGAAAUGCGCCCUGUGUUGUCGUAUGUGUGUGUUUUUGAAUAGCGUGCAUUUGCUGGGGUCUGUGAAACUUCCAUCAAAAAUGAAAAUGUAUAAUGCAGUGCAACUGAAAAACUAGAAUACUACUAAAAAUAAAAUGGACACCGCGAUGAUUUUUAACGUUGUUGCGAAGGAUCUUCCCCUUUCAUUACAAAUGGCGUGAUGUUAAGCGUAACUGCGGAUAUCAAUUGAAGCAUUGUUUUUUCUGGCGAUAUUUGCAAACAAAUGUGUGUGUGGUACUCUGGGCGUGGUUGAUGGAAAUAGAUGAGACGGAGAUAAGAGAAAAGAUAUGCUUAGACAUACGCCUAUGUAUUGCGUAGGCACGCAAGAAAAUUUAGCCACAUAAGAGUAAUGUAUAUUGUGAUUUUUUUGUAAAGUAAACUGUACUUACAUGAAUACAAUAUUGAAUUGUACUUGUAGCAAUUUUGCGGGAAUGAGCGAUGUGUAGUGAAAAAGUAUGCUUUACUUUCUUUUUCUGGAAAGCUACUGAACAGAUUGCUUAAACACAAAAUAUCAACAUUAUAAAACGUGACUCUACCGGGCUCUAGAUUUUAUUCAUUUGAUUCGCAUUUCGCUCAUUUGUAUAGGAUUGGGGGUCUUCCAUGGAUGGAAGUUACUUCUUGCAGCGGUAUAUUAGUGUGGAGCGUGGAAAUAGAUAAUAUUGGAUGAUUUAGCUUGUGUUUCGUUUGAGUAAGAUUGUAAAAGAUUGCCAGCCGGUGGAGGACUGAAAAUUGCACACAGGAAAGAAAGUAAUAUCAUGCUAAGUACAAAGGAUGUUUUCAUUGCCUCCGCUAGCUACGGUAAAAGCUUUCUAUAAGACUACUGAACCGAUCUCUGCAAAAGUAAACAACGUAAAUAUUAUGCGAUACAACUCUAUUAAAAUCUAAGUUUUUCUCCAAAAACUUUGCCCCGCGUUCAUUGGGACGCGGUUAAGGUGAUGAUACCGUACAAGCUAAGUUGUCGCUGGGUUAAUCCCAUCGUGCGUUUGCGCUUAAUCUAACGCUCCAUUGCUAUUAGUUUUUUUCUACCACUGAUGAUAGUUACCGUUCUGGUUUCUAUAAGUAAUCUAUUUUUAUAGUAAACUGAGAAUACGCGCUUGCGCAUAUAUGCACACACAACGACACUUUCAUAAUUUCGAUAAGGCAUCUUACUACAUACUCAUUAUUAGGCGAUUGAAUAUUGAAUUAUUCGUAUAGAGUGUAAAAAUAUAGCUCAUAUUUAUUAACAUGCAUACACAUAGCUUGGAUAGCACACGCCCCGAUCAAAAGACGUCUUUUACAAUUUGGUUGUUUAUAAAGGAGCAGUUGAAUCUAAGGCUGCUGCGCUUUUCGAAGCAAACAGAAAGCUUUAAUAGAUAUCAAUAAAGCAACCGCUUUAGCAACCUUCUAUCGGAGAGGAUCUCUCUAGCGUCCUAUAUAGGCUGCCCUGGGAGCGAAAACAAUCCCGGGUCUUGACAUUACACAGGCCAGGGUGAAUAUAUAUUUAACGACGCUUUCCAGAAGAUUUCUGCACGUUUUUAUCGAAAAGUGAUUGGUACACCGCACAAUCCAAUUUUACCGGGCUAUACAGAACAAGCUAGCUAAUUAGGCCGGACAUACUCCACAAAAAGAGCUUUCUAGCGUGCCACAAACGAAAGUAUUCUAGUAUCUGCAUGAUACUUUUAAGGUUGGCAAAUAAGCAUUAUUUUUUAGUUGCCCCGAUUUGUUGAAUUGAGUUUGAAUAAACCAGGAAAACAAAACGAA